CGCUGCUCCAGGCCAAGGUGGCUUGUAGCUCCAGGCGGUUGUUUACUUUCACUUGUGCUUUCAAUUUCUUCUAACGCACGGUGAUCAGUUCUCUCCAGAGCGCCAUCAUGGAACAUCAGAUUUUCAUUGCGCUUAUUGCGCUCACGACAGUUGUGACGGCUGUGCAGCAGGUCGCUGUCAUUGCACAUCAAGAAGAGGAGCUGCCACCUCAGCCAUAUGCGUUCAGCUAUGCGGCAGGAAGGGCCCCGGGCCACGUCGAUCGAACCCAUUCAGAGACCAAAGAUGAGUUUGGUGUUGUCAGAGGCCAAUUUUCCUACGUUGAUCCUCGCAACCGCAUUCGCACCGUCAACUAUGUGGCCGACGCUGCUGGAUUCCACCCAGUCCUCAAUACUGGAGCCGCCCCCGUGACUGAUACCCCUGUGGUUGCCGCCGCCAAGCUGAGGCACUUGGCCCUGGCCGAAAAAAUCGCUGCAGACCAUGCCAGAAUUGCUGCUGAAAGAGCCGCUCUUGCUCCUCCUUCAGAACAAAUCCUUGACGGCCAUCUGUAGGUUUAGUUUUGAAAAUAAAUCGCACUUUCGCUUUUUUUAGA